CUUACAGGCACGUCUCGGCCAACUAAACAUAACCCAACGCUGUAGUGGGACAGAAGUGUGUGUGUACAGGACGCUCUGGAGCAUUAGAUGUGGGAAAGGUCAGAGACACUUCCUGUUUGUUGAUGUCCUGCGGUCUUUAGUGUAAAGGCCCGGCGUCCCCCAUCGAUUGCUUCUUCCCAUGUUCAGACCUGCGGAAGAAUCUGUCUGGGACUCAUCAGCCUGCGACCCAAACCUGAUAGCCUGCAGCCCAUCCGUCCGCUCGUCUGCCUGACCCCAGCCCUCUGUCCACCGUCCUCUGAUUCUACUUCCUUCACCAGCGAACUCUUCUGCACCACUUGUUCCACAAUCUGAACUCCAUGGACCAAUAAUCAUGAGAAUCCGUAGAAUCCCUGUUUCCACCCUCCUCCCCCUCCUCGCCUCUUCAACCCGCCCUCUGCUCCACCGCUGCUGUCUCUCAGCCCCCGUAGCCAAUCACAUUAGAGUACCACACAAAUGUCUCAGCACAGAUGGCCACGCCUCCCAGCCUGUAAUUGGACAUGACUCAGUGGAGGUGUUAGGCCACUCCUACCCUCGGGAUGACUUCACCAACGUCACACCAAAGAUCUUGAAGAAUGUCGGCCGCAACCUCCACAACCAAUCCCAUCAUCCUUUAUGGCUGAUCAAGGAGCGAAUCAAAGCUCACUUCUACAGUUCUUACAUCGGCCGCUGGGGAAACCCUCUGUUCUCUGUCCAUGAUAACCUGAGUCCUGUGGUCACUGUGGAGCAGAACUUUGACAGCUUACUGAUCCCAUCCGACCAUCCCAGCAGAAAACGAGGUGACAACUACUACCUCAACAGGAAAACGAUGCUUCGCGCACAUACCUCUGCCCACCAGAGUGAGUUGGUCCGAUCUGGUCUGGAUGCUUUCUUAUUGGCUGGAGAUGUUUACAGGCGGGACGAGAUCGACACCAGUCACUACCCCGUCUUCCACCAGAUGGAGGGAGUUCGACUGUUUUCUAAUCACGAGCUGUUUUCAAACGUACAGAACGGUGAGGAGCUGUCUCUGUUUGAGCGGGGAGGUCGACGAACGCCUCACAAACAGGAAGCUCACACUCUGGAGGCCGUCAAGCUGGUGGAGUUCAACCUGAAACAGACGCUGACCAAACUGGUCACACACCUGUUUGGAGAAGAUCUGGAGGUGCGCUGGGUCGACUGUUACUUCCCCUUCACUCACCCGUCCUUUGAGAUGGAGGUGCGUUUCCAGGGCGACUGGAUGGAGGUGUUGGGCUGCGGAGUGAUGGAGCAGGAGCUGCUGAACUCAGCGGGGGCGGGGAACAAGGCAGGAUGGGCGUUCGGUUUGGGCCUGGAGAGACUGGCGAUGGUACUUUACGGCAUCCCGGACAUCCGGCUGUUCUGGAGUCAGGACGAACGUUUCCUCAAACAGUUCAGAGUUCAGAACAUCGGACAGCCAGUCUGCUUCCAGGCCCUUAGUAAAUACCCCCCGCUCCACAACGACAUCUCCUUCUGGCUGCCAGAGAGCAAAGAGAGCGAGGACGGGCAAGAGAACUUCACAGAGAAUGACUUCUACGAUCUAGUACGUUCCAUCGGAGGAGACCUGGUGGAGAAAGUCACGCUGGUGGACGACUUCACUCACCCAAAGACCGGGAGGCGGAGCCAGUGUUAUCGCAUCAUCUACCGCCACAUGGAGCGGACUCUGACCCAGCAGGAGGUCCGACUAGUCCAUGAGCAGAUUGAACGCUCUGCUGAGGCGGAGCUGGGGGUGAAGGGCAGAUACUGAAACACUAACAAACACCGUCAGGGCUUCAGUCACUCCUUUGUGUUUCUUCUUCAGCAUGAAAAGUCCCAAAGUAUGGAAGCCCUUAGAGGACAUGCCUCCAUUAUAUUAAUCCCAUUCUUUCUGUGGCAGGGAUAAAAUAUCUGGUGAUUAAUGAGAUCUCGACUAGGGCUGAACGAUUUGGGAAAAUAAUAUAAUUGAUUUUUUUUUCCACAAUAUCGUGAUUUAACAUGGGAUUAUUGUUUUAAGAUCCUAAUCUCGUGUAUUUUCACAACAAACAUUAUAACCAACACAAUAUUAGAAAAGACAUAAACUUCUGUUUUCUGUAGGGCAGGCUGAUACGUUAGGAUGAGAUUAGGUGAUGCAGGAAUCCAAAUGAAAUGAUUGUUUCAUUUAUUUACUUCAAUCACAUUUGCAAUUUGACUUAUUUGUACUUGCAGCCAUGUAGGCAGCCAUCCUAAAAACUAGGGCUUAUCAAUACUGUAAAAAUAUCAAAUUUAUUUAUUUUUUUACUUAUAUCUGAAAUGCAAUGUGAAUGUUUGUAUUUAAGGGAAUGAUUGUUUUAUGUAAUUCUUAUUGUUAAUAAGAAAAAAACAUACAAAAUUAGGAAAGAAGGAUUUUUGUAAACAACUCUAGAAAAAAUUGACGCUUGAUGUGUAGAGUGUAACAUCUCUGCUACAAAACAAAUUAAACUGGUAUUUUCACAGACAUUUCAGGUUAAUAAAGUAUUGCAGCAAUCUGUGAUUUAAAAAUUGCAGUCGGCCAUAUUUCAUUUUAAUCAAAAUUUUGAUUAAUAGCUCAGCACUGAUCUUGACUCAUUUCUCUCAUAUCCCUGCAGUCGACAAAGCCAGCGUGGCAUCUUUAGGACGUUCAGUUUUUGCUGCUGAUAUCUACAGGUACCAGUGUUGUCUGAUUUGAGCAGAUCCAUAUCCCAGUUUAAAGAUCUGGUCUAUUGUAGUUAAUUUCCCCUAAGAAGUCCUGACUCUUGAGUAGUGGUUCCAUUCGCUGUUACUGUGCUAAACCAUAGAAGAGGAACUUUUCAAUCUAGAUUUAAAAAGUCUGUUUCUUCUUCCUUUUCAUCCUGAAGUUACAGAAACACUUUCUUCAUACCAUCUGAACCUGAACAGAUGCAUAAAACACAGGUACAAAAGGAUGAACUCUCUCUGAACUAUUUCUUUAUUAUUUUGAAGAUAAAGUAUCUGUAGCCUUAAAGCUGUGGUUUCUACCUUUUGUUUCCUGGAGGUUUUUGAAUAUUAAAGCAGUUUCUCAUA